CAACACAACGCCAGUCAACCCAUGUUUCUAUACGUGCCCUAUCAGGCGGUUCACUCGUCAGGCAGAACACAUAUACUAGAGUUACCCCCGAAAUACACGGAUAUGUUUUCGCACAUAUCGUCGGCCGAUCGGCGAACGUUCGCCGCCAUAGCCUAUAGUAUGGACGCCUCUAUUGGGGCGGUUAUGGAGGCGUUGCAUAACAAGCAUAUGUUGGACAACAGUAUUGUCAUAUUUAUUAGCGAUAAUGGCGGCGAUCCCCGAGAGUUAACGGGUAACAGCGGCUCUAACCGUCCCCUCCGGGGCGCCAAAAUGGGCUUGUUUGAAGGAGGCAUACGAGUGCCGGCCCUCCUAUGGAGUCCACUAUUGAACAAAAGUGGUUACGUUUCGGACGCUUUGAUUCACGUCACAGAUCUGUUGCCCACAGUAUUAGACGCCAUCGACGGCACUGGCAUUCAGGACCAGAAACAUCUAUAUGGUAUUUCUCAAUGGUCUACCCUAUCGACCAGUGGGCGACCCGUGCGGUGGGAAAUCUAUCACAACGUGGAUCCGGUGUGGAAUCAGUCGGCCAUCCGGUGGUACGACUGGAAACUCGUCCAGAACUCUGAACCAACAUUUUUAGGCAAAAACUUUGUUAACUACGGCUAUACUGACCGUCACAUCGAAGUAAACACCAAGCAGUCCUUCCCUGGGCUUCAGUCAACUGAUCGCCACAAUUGUAAAACCUAUCGUAUAUUAUCGCAAAUGUCACGUAAACCCGAUUAUAACGUGUUGAGGGGGUCGACGGUCCGGUGCCCGACCCGACCCAACACCGCUACACUGGCCAACUGUCGCCACGAGUUGUGUUUGUUUAACAUUAGGGACGACCCGUGCGAACAGCGCGACCUGAUUGGCCAGAUUGAGCCCGAGUUUGUGGCCAUACUGUGGCACAGAUUGCUUGAGUUUAACCGCACGGCUGUCUCACCGCUAAGUCUCGUACCACUUGACCCCGUGGCCAGUGAUCCCACACUUUAUGACAAUACUUGGGUUAAUUGGUUGGACUAUAAAGAUAUGUCUAACAGUCACGUGACUGCCGAUAGAAGUGAAUUGUAA